AUGGGCACGCAGGGGCUAGAUCAAUUCCACGAAAGAGCUUCAUAUCAUCAAAAAGAACGAUUCAUGGAGAUUCUCAAGAACACCUUUGUAUUUGAUGCAGUAGUCGAGCGAAUCCGAAGAACAAAUCCUCAGGGUAAAUUAUAUGCAGAAGUCAUUUCAAAACUCGAGCAUAUUGUCAGGGGCGAUAUUGAUAUGCUUGCAUUACUUUUCAACGGCACUUUGGCUCAGGAGUUCUAUGCCGAUGUUAACGAAAGCGCCCAAUGGUACAAAGAAGUAUGUCAAUAUCUGGGUUCUCUGGCACAUAAGAACCCUUCGAUGAAUAUCUUGGAAGUUGGCGCUGGCAUCCCUGAAGAUCACAUAUUCUACAAAUAGGACUUGCCUUUUGCAGAAGGAAUCAAGCGCAUGACAAAUGAUCAAGAUGUUUAUGCUAUCAUCAAUUCUCUUUCAGGAGACGGCCUUAUUGCUACAUGGGAAUACAUCAAAGCAUACGGCCGUUUGGUGGAAAUUGGAAAGAAUGACAUCAGCAAGCAUAAAAAUCUUCCAAUGUUUCAAUUCUCGAAGAACGUUACAUUUAGCGCUAUUGAUUAUGCUGCAAUGAUUGCGCAACGUCUAGUGGUGGUUGGCAAGAUUCUAGAUAAGGUGUUCGAAUUGUUCACCGCGGGGAAAAUGACUACGACACUUCCAGUUACUAGAUAUAGGAUCUCGGAAGUGGAUAGUGCAUUCAGAUCAAUCAAAAGCGGAAAUACCACUGGGAAGAUGGUUACUGAAGUGGGAGACGAUGACAUUGUCCAGGUUAGCGGCAGUCUUAUCCUCUUCUACAAUUGUCUUGCUAACCGUUCUUCUCUAGGUAAGACUCAAGUCCAAUCCAAGUCGCCUUUUCUCAGCCGAUGCAUCCCACGUUAUUUCCGGUGGCCUCGGUGGUCUUGGACGGAGUAUGGCGUCUUGGAUGGUUCUUCGCGGUGCCAUGAAUCUCAUUCUGUUAUUCAGAUCUGGACUCACAACAAGAGAAGCCCAGUUGUUAUUGGUAGAACUUGAGAACCACAGCGUUCGAGUCGUAUCGCCAGCUUGUGAUAUCACAGAUGCUUCAGCACUUAAAGAUUGCAUAACCGAGUGCGCACUUAGUAUGCCACCGAUACUGGGAUGUAUACAGGCUUCUAUGGUCAUUAAAGUAAGCUUCCCUCCCUCUCUUUUAUAUUAUAGAUUUCGCAACUUACACCAUCCAGGACUCUCUGUUUCAAAGAUGGCCCACAAUGAUUGGAUACGCUCUACAGCCCCGAAGAUACUUGAAUCAUGGAAUUUGCACUCCUAUCUUCGCCAGAAGUCAAUCGCGAUAGACCUUGGAGUUGUAGCUACCACAGGAUGGCUCAAACUAGAGGAAAACAAGCACCUUAUGGAUUGCUGGCUAUCUUCGAGUAUAUAUCCCCCACUGACCCUACCACAAGUCCUCGCGGUGUUAGAACAUUAUUGCGACCCAAAUCUGCCGCUACAAACAAGAGACGCCUGUGAAGUGGUAGUCGGAGUCGAGAUCCCCGCCGACUUGAAAACAAAAGAAAUCGAAAAAGGAAUCUGGAUGAGCCGUCCGCUCUGUCGGGGUAUGGCUCAAAUCCCCUGCUCACUUUCUCCAUCUUCGGAGACUCUUCCCUUAGACUCAAAAUCAGGGGAAAACUCCGAUCCGUCCGCGCUUUUCGCUGCAGCAUCUACGCCUUCAUUAGCAGCAAGCAUUGUAACCUCGGCUCUGUGUACUAAGCUUGCGAAGUCUCUCUCGUUCUCCAAAGGAGCUGAGGAAAUCGAUACGAAUAAACCUUUGAACAACUACAGAGUAGAUUCUCUUCUCGCUGUCGACCUGAGAGCCUGGUUACUGGGUAAAUUCAAGGCAGAUAUCACAGUCUUUGAGAUAUUGGCGGGGGGUUAG